AUGGAAGAAGAGAGAUCAGAGAACUUGUGGAAGCAAAGCGCGGGCGAAUUUAUUAGUACAUGUGCAUUGUAUUCCCUGGGCGUUCAGCGAACGGAUUGGGCGGGGAACCUAUGGGGACCUUAACGUCGUACGUCUGCGAGUCUCUGUUCUGCCUUCCCAAAUUUGAGUACUUCUCCUCCUCCUCCUCCUCCUCCUCGUCGUUGUCCUUGCUCCCUCCCUUUACCAACAAGCUUGCACAUUAUGGGUUUACAGGCAAUCUUUCUACUUGCGGUUCCAAAGACCUCAAAGCACGGUUGCUGUGUUUCAGGGGCGCCGGUUGCCAGCCCCAAUCCAUGCUUUCUGAGCCCAUCGGGGAGUACGAAGACAUCGCCAAACAACAGCAACAAACGAGUACAAGCAGAUUCAGUAAUAUUGAUCAGCCCAAAGGCAUGUCAACUCUAAUUAAAGAAGCCCUCCCCCAACCCAAUGGGAAUUCAGCGAUCGUCGCCGCUUGCUUUGUUGGUGUUCUCACUGGAGUCAGUGUCGUGCUCUUCAAUAACGCGGUGCACGAAGUACGUGAUUUUUUUUGGGAUGGGAUUCCAUAUCGAGGUGCCUCAUGGUUAAGAGAUGAACCCAUUGAAUUCAUUUGGAAGCGGGUAAUUUUGGUGCCAGCUUGUGGGGGUCUGAUUGUGAGCUUGUUGAAUGUGCUUCGAGGUGCUUUGGAAGGUCCCAUAGAAGGAAUGUUGAUAUACAAAAUGAAAGCUGCACUGCAACCAUUUUUGAAGGCAGUAGGUGCUUGUUUCACCCUUGGCACAGGGAAUUCACUGGGGCCUGAAGGUCCUAGUGUCGAGAUAGGGGCAUCCAUAGCCAAGGGUGUGGGUACUUUGCUGGAUAAAGGUGUUGAAGAACGGCUUUCUCUUGUGGCUGCAGGAUCAGCUGCUGGGAUCUCUGCUGGGUUUAAUGCUGCUGUUGCUGGUUGUUUUUUUGCUGUAGAGUCGGUCUUAUGGCCAUCACAAGGAGAAUCAUCGAUAUCACUUACAAAUACCACAUCAAUGGUCAUACUCAGUGCUGUAAUAGCUUCUGUGUUGUCAGAAAUUGGUCUUGGUUCUGAACCAGCCUUCAAGGUCCCAGACUAUGAUUUUCGCUCGCCUAGUGAACUUCCACUGUAUCUUUUGCUGGGUUUUCUUUGCGGCUUAGUUUCAUUGACCUUAUCCUGGUGCACAUCGUAUCUAUUGGCGAUUGUUGACAAUGCUGACAAGUCAAGUAGCAUGCCAAGGGCAUUGUUUCCUGUGCUGGGUGGUUUAACUAUUGGACUGAUGGCCUUAUUGUAUCCUGAAAUUCUUUACUGGGGUUUUGAGAAUGUUGACAUUUUGUUGGAAUCUAGACCAUUUGUGAAAGGCCCUUCUACUAGUUUAUUGCUUCAGUUGGUGGUAGUCAAGAUAGUGGCUAGCUCUGUUUGUCGGGCCUCUGGAUUAGUGGGGGGCUACUAUGCCCCAUCCCUCUUUAUUGGUGCAGCGACAGGAAUGGCAUAUGGAAAAUUUAUUAAUUUUGCUAUUUCACAAUCCGACCCGAAUUUUCAUCUCUCUAUCUUGGAAGUGGCAUCUCCUCAAGCAUAUGGCCUGGUUGGAAUGGCUGCUACUCUUGCAGGGGUGUGUCAGGUACCUCUUACUGCAGUUUUGCUUCUUUUUGAGUUGACACAGGAUUACCGGAUAGUUCUUCCAUUAUUGGGAGCUGUAGGGUUAUCUUCAUGGGUUACAUCUGGCCAAACAAAAAGGAGGGACGUUUCUAAUUCAAACAAAUUUAAAAUGGUGUCUAAUGCAGGUGACCUUUGUGAGGUGGAAAAUUCACUUUGUGUGGACAACUCAAACACAGAAACUAUUGAGUUGGAAAAAAGAAUCUUUGUUUCACAAGCCAUGAGAAUAAGAUACGUGACCAUCCUAAUGAGCACUUUGCUUAUUGAAGCAUUGAAUCUCAUGCUUGCUGAGAAGCAGUCUUGUGCAGUGAUUGUUGAUGAUGACAAUCUUGUGAUUGGUUUACUUACACUUGGCGACAUUCAGGAGUUCACCAAAUCAGAAAAAGUAGGAAGCAGAAAAACUAAGGGGAUUGCUGUAUCUGAAGUUUGUUCUUUUAGUAGCAAAAGGUGUCAAGCAUCAUGGACAGCAACUCCCAGCAUGGACCUCCUUUCUGCUAGAAUGAUCAUGACCAAACAUGGUAUAAGUCAACUUCCAGUUGUUUCAGAGCAUGUUGAAGAUCACGGGGGUCACCUGGUUGGCCUUUUAGACACAGAAUGCAUCGCUCUAGCAUGCAGAGCCAUGGCAACCAAAGAAUGCCUUAGUUCGUUGCCCACUGUUGAUUGCACAACCACCGAGUGAGAGGCAAGAUUCUGUUGAUGGUGCUAUUUUUCCUAAAGCGAACUAGGUUACAUGACAUCACUUGCUCAUAAGAGGUUAUAGACUUGUUCUGGGAAGUUUGUACUCAGUCUGGCAAAGAUUACAAAGGAUCCUUUGUUUGCUGUAUAAGAAGGCAUCAACCUAAAUGGGGUGCAAGAGCCUCCCACAUGAAUGCAAACCAAUCUGAUAUUAUUGUUGUUGUUAUUGGAUCUAAUGGCUUUAUUUGGCAAAGCAUUCAGCAACCAUAGAAGCAAAACUUUGGUUGCCCACCUAAUGGGGAGCAUACAUCAAACAAUCAAGCCUUAAGCUCCCCACAAAAAUUAUUUUGAUUCAACUUCCCUUUCUCAACUUGCCUAUUAGAAUUGUAUAUUGUAGGUACUAACUAAUCACAUUAUAUCCUCUUUUUUUUUUUCUUUAUCUAAUGGCACUAAAUACUUUUAAA